GGAAAUAGUUGCUCAACUGGAUGGCAUUCCAUCAGAUAAGCUACGGGACGUCGGAUUUGAGGACAUCCUCAACGUGGGAAAAUUUGAGAAGCCUGCCAUGCCACUUCAACAUACUUCGACAUCAGACGCACCUUUGCCUGAGUAUCCUGACUUCAUACCACGAACAAACCAGGAGCGCGUGCAGAACCUCACAGAUGUAUUCGCUGAGCAUGGUACUGAGAUGUUCGAGGAGUCGACCAAGAUGGACGGCUCAUCCAUGACAGUUUUUUACCUCAACGACGCCAACCCUCUCGCUAGCACAGUCCCUAGCGAGACGAGACAUAACGGCGUGGCAGUUUGCUCGCGGAAUCGUAUUCUGGUAGAGAAUCAUCCACGAAGCCCGCCUCUCUUUUACGCUACCGCACGAGCACUCAACCUCCACGAGACGUUACCCAAGAUCGGGCGUAACAUAGCUCUUCAGGGUGAACUUUGCGGGUCGAGCAUACAGAGUAAUUUUGAAGGAUUUGCCAAGGGAACGCAUUGCUUUUUCCUCUUUGCAGUGUAUGACAUUGAUGGGCAGCGAUACCUACCACCAAGGGAGGUGUACGAGACCUGGGCACCACUACUGGGCGUUAAGCACGUGCCUGUACAUGGAUACCGGCCUUUGAAUGAGAUGGGUUCGCAGGUCACAGAUCUAGUUAAUCGAGCGGAAGGAAGGGGAAUCAAUGGGCGGAAGAGGGAGGGGAUUGUGUUCAAGCGCGAGGAUGGGCAGUUCAGCUUCAAGGCGAUAUCCAACUCUUACCUGCUCACACAUGGAGAGUAGUGAAGGAUGUAGGGGAAAGCCG